UUUAAUGAGGAGUAAAUGAAAUCGAGAGUGAGAAAAACGAAAUGGUAUAUAAAGGAAUCGUUUUGUUGGAUUAAAUCAUCAGUUCUCAUCUCCAAUCAUUCAAAUAACAACUUCAAAUUUUAACAAAACAACAAAAUCAAAACUCAUCAUGAACUCAAUGAUCGUUCUCGCUCUUACCCUUCUUGCCGGUCAAACUUUGGCCUCAUCCAACUACGGAUCAUCAAGCUACGGAUCAGCCCCAAGCUAUGGAGCCGCUUCAUACCCAUCAGGUUCAUACGGUGGUGACUCAUACUCGUCAGGUGCUUCAUAUGGAGCUGCUGGUUACGGUGACGCUUCUCACGCCGUCAGUUACGCACCAAAGGUCAAGAAAAUCAUCAUUGAACAACCAGUUGUCAAACCAGUCUACCUUAACCGAAAAGUCGUCUCUGUUCAAACUGUCUCUGUCCCAAAACCAUACAUCGUCACCAAACACGUUCCAGUCGUAGUUAAGAAACACGUUCCAGUUGUUGUCAAGAAAUACGUUGCUGUUCCUUAUGAAGUCCCAAGCUACUCAGCUCCUUCAUACGGCUCAUCAUACGGCUCAUCUUACGGUUCAUCCUCAUACGGAGCCCCAUCAUACGGAGCUGGUUCAUACUCCGCCGCCGACUCAUGGUCUGGUGACAGUUACGCUCCAUCAUACGGAUCAGACUCAUAUGGCUCAUCUUCAUAUGGAUCAGACUCAUACGGAUCAUCAGGAUACGGUGAUGAUUACCGAAAGGCUUAAAUUAAACGAUCAUCCUAAUCACAAUAUCCCCUCUCCAUCUGUGUAUACCCAUUAUCCUCCUUCGUCCCUCAAUCUCAAACCAUUAGUGCUUAUAAUUAACUCAUCAUCUUAAUUGUUGCAUUCAACACUCACCACAUCACACAUCUUAUGUACAGAGCAUUUUCAACAAUCAACAUAAUAGUUUUCCUUUCACUUCUUUCCAAUUGUAAAGUAGUAGAAACAAAAAACUUUCAACUUGUAUCAUUUAUCAUCUGAAUAAUGUAACUGAUCAAAUUGCUCAAUUCGAAAUGUAAAACACAAUCAACCUAAUCAUUUGGAACUGAUUAGGUUUUUACAAAUUGAAAUUAGUUCCAAAGCUAUUCAGCCAAAGGUCACAAUCAAAUGAUUUGACCAAAUCUAGAAAUUAAAUAAAAAACAGAUUAAUCAAUUACUAUCAAAAAACACGAAA